UAUUUACCCUUUGUCUUAUCCAUCUCUCACAUCCUCUCUUGCUGCUUACUUCCUUCAAAGCCUCAAAUAUCAAUAUCCAUUCACACUUCCAAUCCCUCUCUGCAAAAUUCUCCAACUUCUCUAAUGGCCUUCAGCUCUUGCUCUCCCUCUUCCAUUUCCCUUCACUACAAAAACCCAAAAACCCCUUUUUCUCUCACCCAUAAGCCAUUCCUAAUUCUUGCCUCCUCUGCAAACGAUUCUACCAGGCCUUCACUUCCAAUCUCCACGAAUUCCAAUCCCAAAGCCCGCUUCAUCGCCCGGAGGAGCGAAUCCGUCACGGUUCGGCAGCUGGCACGGCCUCUAAGUAAUAUGAGUAUAUGAGUUUGCCGGCUAGUCAGUACUCGGUGUUAGACGCGGAGAGGAUUGAACGGAUUGAUGAUUGUACUUUUAGGUGUCAUGUUUAUAGAUUUAAGUUCUUUGCUUUUGAGGUUUGCCCUGUUUUGGUUGUUAAAGUUGAACUGCAGCCUAAUGGGUGUUGUAUCAAGCUGCUUUCAUGUAAGCUUGAGGGCUCCCCAAUUGUGGUUGCACAGAAUGAUAAAUUUGACGCUUCUAUGGUGAACCAGAUCUCUUACGAUGUGAAUAGAGGCAACUCACUCUGGCAGAAACUCACUUCGGACACGGUCAUUGAGGUUAAUAUUGAGAUUCCUUUCGCCUUCCGUGCAAUUCCUGUACAAGCAAUUGAAUCAGCCGGAACCCAAGUCCUUGAACAAAUAUUGAAGCUUAUGCUUCCUCGCUUCACAGCCCAGCUUGUGAAGGACUAUCAAGCAUGGGCCUCUGGUGAUACAUCAAGGCAACCUCUUGGAACAGGUGAAAUCUGAGAUUUGUAUCCAAAAUCUAUGCCGCGAUUUUCAACUCUCGAAGUCGUUUGUUUCCUUCGACGUUUUAACAGGAACUUAGAAAGUAGAAGCUGCCAGAAUUUAUCCUCCUGUUUGCAGUUUGCCAAGCAAAGACACACUCUUCAAUGUUUGGCAUUAGUAAAAUUUUGUUUUUAAGCAGGUUUAAUAUUGAGUACAUGUAAAUUUCCUCAAGGUAUUUUUAAUGAAAGUAUAGUUCAUAUAUGUUAUUUGAAUUUUAUUUUGUAGUCUUUAAGAAUAAUUUGGAUUGGUUUUUAAAACGGUAAUGUUAAUUAUGUGUAUGAAAUGAUAUCUAAUGUAUCAACGAUUGAUUAUCUUUGAAGAAAUAUAAACGGAUUAAGAUAUAAAUAAAAUCAAAGCUGGUUAAGAUUUC